AUGGGCAAAAUUUCUAAAUGGACGCCAAUAUCGAAUAAAAGAAUGACUAAAACCGUACAAAAUGCUGUGGAAACAAACAGGAGAAACGAGUUUGGCUUCCUGUUCUUGAGGUGUGGAAAUCUCCUUCAAGUGCUCAUUUUUCCUCCGAUGUUACAGAAACUUAAAGAUGGCAGAGACAGACAUAACAUUAAUGUUAACGUGAUCCUUUUGGAUUCUAUAUCCAGACCACAUUUUUACAGAAGUCUUCCGAGAACUGUGGACGUUCUCCGGAAGAUUUCACGUGAUCCUAGCUUCAAGGCCACCACCCUGGACUUUGAGCUCUUCCAGAGUGUAGGUCAGCAAACAUUUGACAACUUGAGGCCGUUUUUCUCUGGAGUCAUACAAGGUACGAAUAUGAAGCACGUUCUAUACAACCGUUUUUUAAAAACGUUUUACGUUCAAAUUGGCAAACCUUUACGAGAUCUCGUUACAACAUGUGUUCGCAAACCCGACUUAUUGAGAGCGUUUGUAUCCUAGAUGAUAACGUUGUAACUAACACCGCAAAAACCGUUAAGGCACCUUUGGGCGUGGAGGUAUUGUUCGGGACUUUCAAGAGGUGGGGCUAUCAGACCCUCUUCCAAGAGGACCUUUGCUGGUUUGACCGUUGGGGAGUGGCCUUGACAGAUCUUGAAAUAAGAAGAAAACCCAGUACGGACUCAGAAUUCAUAGAAAGGUAAAGUUUUAAAAAAAAUGGGGUUUCUAAAGAGACUUGGUUAGCUUUCUAUCUCAAUAAAACUGGCCUUAAAGUCGAUUAUUUGAACGCUUCAGUAUCGUGGAAAUACUAAACUUUUGAUUUUGUAUAAUUAUCUCUUAGUGCCCAUGAUAAAUCUGUCGGCAAAGAUUUGACAAUUAAUGGUAGCUUUUUUUUUUUAAAGAAACCAUAAUUUGACAGCAAAAAAUACCAAUAAUUUUCCAGGUGGAAAGAAUUCCAAGAGAUAAUAAAAAAGAAACUUAUCGAUAACUUUGGCUUGAUGCAUUUCUCCGGAACAGUACUGGAAAAGUAUAAUGAAACAAACCAUUUUGAAACUCCUCCAAAAGUGUGCUUAAAUGGACAGUUCUUCAGUAAGUAUUUCAUGGAUUACCUACAAAUGGUGUACACUGCUAUCAACAAGGACUCUACGGCGAAACCGCUUAUUUCGUACAUGCAUUUCAACACUGGACACGAAUAUACCGGCAAACGGAUAAGAAACACGGACACCAAUUUAGCGGAGUUCAUCACCAACAUGGCGGCGUUACCUGACACUCUUACAAUGAUAUUUUCUGACCACGGUAAUAAAAACACUUAUUACAGUCAACACUCAGAGGAAGGAAGAAGAGAAGUGUUUGAUCCUGUUUUUUUCAUGGUUAUUCCCGGUGGCGUUGAAAAAAUACUGGGCAAGGAAAGGAUGACUGCCAUAGUUAAAAAUCAAAGACGCCUCUUUACAUUUCUCGAUGUACACCGUGCGCUUAUGAGUUUAAAGGACCCUGUUAAGAUGUUCUCCCAGAAUACUUCACUGGCUGGUAUAUUUGCAGUCCUACCGGAAAAUCGCACAUGCGCAAACUUAAGCUUGAUGCCGCUGACCUUGUGCAAGUGCGAGGACUUUGACAGAUAUAAUUCGGUUAAAGAUAACUCAGACAGUCAUAAGUGGUUAGCGGAGUUCGCGCUUGGAACCUUAAACAAUGCCAUUCAAAAACAACAUAUGGGAGGUAAGAAGGAAGGGUGUCGGAUAACUUGACUGGGUUCGCAGCUUUAAAGAAGUACUUUUCCUUGAUGCUAGUAAAGAUAAAUGAAUUUCCAUCGUUUUCUUACGAUUUAAAGUCAUGAUUAAUUGUAGGCCAGGCCAUCAAUUGAAGAUCGCUACCUGAGCGAUAAGGUUCAGCCUAAGGGUUUAUUAAGUUACACUCCUAAGGUUACAAGUCAGUCUGAAGUUAAGAAAUCAUCAGAACAUCACUUUCGCGCAUCACAUAUAUACACUGUACUCAGCAUAUUUCUUAGUUUACCCACGAGUUCUCUACCGGCAGCUGGUAGAACAUCUGAUUGUCCUAUCGGAAAGUCUCACACUCAAAUCCUCUUUGGUGACCCACGUAUUUUCUUUUCCUAGGCUGCUAACAAAUGGUUCACGCCUUUUUUUUUUUUAAUCACCGCCCUGGUUCGACGAAAUAGAAUACGCCGUCAUUAUCGAUGUCUUUUUAGUGUUAAUUUUUAUUCUUCCUAAAGGUGAUGAUGGUGGGCAGUUAUUAUCGAUUCUAAAAGAGGGAUACGGAAAUUGCCGACGAUUGGUGGGAAAAUCGUUCACAAAUAUUGUACAACGGACCCAAGGAGAGUACAUCACCACCACAAUGAACAUUAACGUGAUCCCCCCACCCGGAUACAACGAGGACGAAGUUUUCAAGGUUUCUGUCAAACAGUAUGCUCAAGCGGAUGACAAAUUGUGGUUGACUAGCUUUGUGCGGGUGUCCAAGUACAGCAAGUUUGAAUCAUGCGCAGAUAAAUCGGUGGAUAUUAAACUCUGUGCAUGCGCCAAACAGGAAACCACUGAACCCAUAAACAGUGGACAAAAACGUGCGAAAGAGGUCCCGAACAAAAUGUUUGCCUCAACGACUAUUCUGAAAGACCUGCACUCAGGCUGUCUCUUAUUCUUGAGACGAAAUCAUCGAACGUUUUCUCUUGCGCUGGAAGUAACGAAUGUGUGUUUUGAUCGAACCUACAAGUUUGAGCUAUCUGGCUCGUCCGGUGAAAGAGUGUAUUCUAUAAUCUUACCAAUUUAUCUCGAAUUAGCUCCGAAAACUUUUUACUUCUUGACCUCCGUUAAUAGGUACACUUCUAAAGACAGUUACCCUCUGAAUUUUUACGCAGAUAUAAAAGUUAAAUACACCGAUUUCGACAAGUUUAAGGAUUUGGGAAAAAUCGACGUUUCAUGAAUCUAAAAAAAUUUUUGAUGCAAAUCAACAAAAUACUUGUUUUAAAUUGUUUUGUUAUUGUAGAAUAUAGUACUUCACAUCCUGAUUCUCUGUCAGACUUGGACCAGAGCAAUUUUGUUUGAUUCCUUGAUGGGUUACCGUCAGUCUUUUUAAGACUAAAGGAGUGAAAGUGAGAGAAAUGAUGAUGCCGAGGGAACUUGUACUUCCGCCUCCAUAAAUAAGUACUGAAACUGUUUUUGAGUUAUCUAUUACUUAAAUAUCUUUCAGAAUAAUGAGAAUUUUUCACUAAACUAACUGACUAAUUGGAAUUGAAGUCUGAUAAUUCCUUACUAACGAGUUGUCUUUUUGUCUCAGUAAAAUUUACCUGACCCCACUCUAGUAGUAUUGUAAUGACCCCUCGUUGGCAGUUAAUUUCCUUUGGUCCCCCUUUAUACUCUUUUAGCGCGACUGAUUCCCCCUCCCUUCCCCACUUAAUGAAAAGUAUGUCAGUGAUCCCUCUGAAAAUUCUCCUCCUUUCCCUCCCUGCUCAGGCGACAAAUAAAAAACAAACUGUCCCCUUAUAUAUAACAAAAUGUGGCGGUUAGGUGCUAGGUCCGAUUUAAAUCAAAAGUGCGUUUACUAGUAAUUUUUUUAAAUGUCAUUAUUUGCAAUUAAUCUCAAGUUAAAAAGCGGAACUUCUAAACAAAGGCACUCUUUUUUUUCUUUUAAAAAAAAAAUACCUAGUACGACUCUGAUAGAUAAUAUUUUUGCUCAAUAUCCACAGUAACCACAUGGCUUCUGUGGAAAGAGAAUAUCCAAAGCUGACUGGCUAAUACUGAGUAGGACCCAGAAUGUUCGUGAAUAAUCCAGAAUGUUCUGGGCUAAUAAAUACUCAGUGUCACUGGAGCUGUAGUCUUCCGGAACGAUCUCCUGCAGUAAUACGUAAGCAAUCGCUAUUUUAGAGUAGGAUUUGUCCCUUCUUAUCGCAGGUUCUAAGGACGUGUUGCGUAAUCAUCAGAAUCCUAGAAGACUUCUACACUUUGCUCAAUUUACUGGCUUGAAAGUGAAAGCUGUCAAUUCUGCGGUCAAUGUCACAAGGAUCUGAGUAGCUUCAGUUAUCGAAGUGGACAAGAAGGCACACUUGAGUAAUCUUUCUUUCCACAUGGAAACAGUGUAGAUGUGGUUGAAGAUAUCAACAGGGUAGCUUUGAUCAGUUCACAGAAGGAAAGUGUAUGGCUACCGAGGAAACGAAGACGCCGGGAUUGCUUGCGACAAGUGGAGGAGAAGCUGAGAAUGGUACUGAAAUUAGAAAUAAGCAUUACAAUAUUAUAUGCAUGUGUUUUAUAUUCGCCAUUUGCUUUUUGUUGUACUUCCGCGGUGUGUCUGAAUACCACUUGCGUUUAGUUUUUAAGUGUAGUCCUUUAGUUCUGCCAAGCAAUUAUUGCUUUUUCUCCUUUACUGGCAAAACUUAAAUUGUACAAUAGCCAUUUAACGUUUAAAAUUUUGGAAGUGUCGUUGUGGACGCCUGCCAUCGUUAAGUGUUAAAUUUGUGCUGUUAAUUUCCAUUUAACCGGUUUUGUAGUUGACACUAAAGCUUUAUACAAAUCGUGAUGCUAGUUUAGUUGUCAACGUGUGGUUAACAUGCGAAAUAUUUGCAAUCUUCGAUACGGUCUUGAUAAUAUAGAGAAAUAUCAACAAAGCAUAAAUUCAAAUAUGUUCCGCAGUAGUGGUUUUACUUGUGGGAAAAAUGAAGGGACAGAAGAAGAACGGAAAUUUACUUAGUCGUUUUUUGAGUUUUAAAUAGCAGAAUUUUUCCUAAGGUCAGGAGAGAAGCUGCACUAGUUUGACUUAUGAUCAAUUUGCUGUUCCUUCGAAUUCACUGUGAAGAACAGAAUCGAGAUGAGUAGAUAGUGAUAUCGUUGGCACAAACUUUCGUACCAGCUUGAUAAUCGACUGUAAAUAAGGUCACAAAAAUCUUGCUCUUCAGAUUGUUAUCGAGUCUGUUAAUUCAGACUUAAUGCGAAUUAAGGAAGCUGAACACAUGUUAAAUAGGCUUUAUGUAAUCCUCCAACUUCAUGCAAACCAGAAAUUGCGACACAACGAUCACUUAAAAGAUAGACAAUUGAGUAUUAGGGCGAAUUACAAACCAAUUAAAUCAGAGUCUAUUUUUGCCGAAUGACUUUCGUAUACGUCAUAUUAAAAUUACCAUAAUCGAAUGUUUCCGGUGUCAGGCUGCAGUGGUUGACUAUGACGCACAGAAAGCCCCAAAACAAGGAAAUGAUUCAACCACGCGGCAAGAGUUGAUAGUCAUCCACGGACCGCAAUGUCUCAUGUAAUUAAUUGUUAAAACUAAAUGCAAUUGAAACAUUUAUUUAUACUAAAAAUCUAAUAUAUUUUUGAGCACACAGGAGACAUCAUCGACCUAAGGACCUCUGUGGUGACUGAACUGCAGCUUUCAGACAUAAGUGAUGACGUAGGUACUUGCUGGCGUGAGCUGGGACCAAAGCUUGAUAUCCCUUCAGCAAAGAUCCAAAACCUGGAUAACGAUUAUUACUGUAGUCGCGACAAAGCAAACGCCUUACUCCUCAUGUGGCAACAGAGGGAAGGGAGCAGUGCAGUGGCAGGGCGUUUGGCGGAUGCUUUGGUAAGCAUUGAGAAAAAAUGCAUAGCAGAAAAGCUUCUUGGUGAGUAGGUAUAACUGGUAAGAUGAGUGAGUGGCUUAUGAAGACUGCUUCUGUAAUGCGUAUACAACUGACAAGGUACCCAAUUUCUAAAUUUAUUUAAUGAAGAAAAAAAUUAUCAUGAUGAAUAGCUACAUUGCUACCUUGUUACACAACAAUGGGUUUUUCAGUGGUUUUCAAGUCUUAUCUUAACAAAAAGGGGAUUCCAACUAAGCUGUUUGGUGGCUAAAGUAAGAGAUUACAUCCUUGCAAGGAAAAAAAUCAUUUUCCUACGGCAAACAUUGUAAAUGGUUACAUUAGUUUACUGGUCUCCUUUGGUUUGCCUAGAGUACCAUCAACAUUCAUGAUCAGUUUGGCUGUUUAUUACUUGGAAAUAUCUGCUGACUUCUCAUAAUUUACUUUUACAACAUUUAUUAUCAGGAGCGGAUCAUGGAAAAUUGCCGAUGUGUAGAAACAUUCCCAAGGGUCACGUUAUCAGUUUAACAGUUAUUCAUGACCUGGGUGUGGGGCUUGAUAAGGUUAGUAGCUAACAACACGUUUUCUACCAUAACUACUGAAAGAUAUAAUUUUCACAAGAACCACAUACAUAUUUUGUUACCCGAAAGUUAUAAUCCACUUCCUCCAAGCUGAUGAGUGGUACGUCUGCCCUCGACUCCUACAGAGCUAAUCGCUUUCGGUUUUUUUUUUAAAAGUAUGAAAUCUAGAUCAGCAUUGGAUCAGAAUUAUUACUCAGACGGAUUUCCACCAUUUCCUAGACAUAUAUACAAUUUAUUAUCAAUUACUUUUUAAAAGUAAAAUAUCAAACUUACCGUAGUUGAGCGAAAAUUUUCAUAAAACUAGUUCAUAUUUGUUUACAAUAAACUAUUUCUCACUUUUUCUAGAGUUUGGUGUGCGAAGAUGCGCAAGGAAAUAAAUUCAUGGUAAAGGCAUUCAAUAGCAGUGAAAAUUUUUUAAAAUUGGAAGAGGUAAUUUCUCCACUUUUCCCAUUUAUCCGAGGACCGGACCAGAAGCCUCCUCUAGUGUGUCAUUUUUUCUCUUGGUUUAUGAACUUUUCUGCCAGUUUCAAGGAACAAGUCAGAAGCUUGCUCACCACUAUUACAACCAAAAGCAGUUCAAUCUCUUCCAUUCUCCUUAGGAGAAGUCGGAUGAGUGUUAUUAGUGUAUAAUUUUUUAGCUCAUUUGCCGAACAUAAGUCCUUUCAAGGAGCUGUGGUUAAUGGUUAUGUUUAUGACACGAAAAACCAUAUAUUCUUCGAGACUCAAAUUCUUUUUUGUCUGAAAAUGUGUCAAACUUAGUUCAUGAGUUUGCUGGAAAGCUUACAGAAGGUCAUAGACAGAUCCAGAAUGAUGGUAUCCAAUUUCGCUGAAUAGUUAACAAAGGUAUACAUCAGGCUGUGUAUAAAAACAGUACAAAAUAAAAUAACCUUUUCAAAGUUCUAUUUGCAAAAUUCGUCAAAUUCAGACGCUGCGAUCCAAAUCUUUCUUCGCCUGCACAAACCAAAUUCUACUGUUUUCCAUCCCUAUGUCACGUUUUGUCUCAAAGUCGCUCAAGCAAUAUUUGCAUUAUAACGCGAUGUUCACUUGGCAUGCUUCUUUCGCUUGCAUCUGAUAACAACCUGAAAUUAUGGAUAAACGACAGUAAAUUUCGCGAGUUUUCUUUCGCCAGAAAAUCAAGUGAUUAUUUUCGCUAGCUUAAGUGUUAUUACUGACUGAUCCCGCCGCCAAUGCCCGUACAAGAUAAUUCAAUUUAAUACAUUAGUCAAUAAACCUAAUCUGUUCCCAUGGUUCUUGUUUUACAUCGGAUCGUAAACAAUCGAAACGAUGUACAGUGCUGGGUUUGUGCUUGAACCCGAAAUUUUAUUUUCAAUCGAAAGGUGCCAUUUAAAGCAAUGAUGCUAUAAACUGUAACAAGCUUCUUUGUCGUUUAUGCGCGGUUACUUUUCCAUCGGGCUCGGGCAAGUUCGGGACGACUAGUUAACUAGAACGGUGCGCGAGUGAGUGACUCGUUUGCAUAUCGGAACCUCCACAAAAUCUUGUUUCUACCCUUCGCGUAAAACGAGUUAGAAAUGAUCAUUUGGAAAAAAUCACUCUGUGAUUUAGGGUAGAUCUCUGAAAACGAUGUUGUGGUUUUGAUCAAAUGUUCCAUGCUCUUUACUUCAUUUGUUUUAGCAGACACUUGUGAGUAGGAGGUUCUUAGAGACUGUUGUUGACGAAAAGAAGGAAAGCCUAAAGCGAUAUAUUUCAGCACAACUUCAGGACCAGAGGCUCCAAAUGAAGAAAGAGCAACCAGCUCGUGGAGAUGUAAAUAUGAGGAGGAAGAGGAUUCAACAAAUGAUGAAAGCGUGGAGCAAUCGCUUCUGUAAUGUGAGAAACAUCGCAACAUUUGUCUGAGGAUUUUUAAGGCUUUUAUUGAGCUGACUGCCGAGGUUGGACGCCUGGAAAUGAGGGCCAUUAUAAUACACUCAAUAUUUCAUCGUCGUUUGCAUACGGUUUAAGUUGCCCGAUUGCUUCUUUUGAGUGUUGUACCUCCGAAGAAUCCUUCGCCAUAUAACCGAGUGCAAACCAUUAAUUUGUUUUCAUUGAUCAAAGCAAUUUACUCUCAACAGGAUAGUCAUCGUGAAAUACGAAGGGCAGUCACUAAAUAUGAUAAGCACUUAAAAAUCAGUGUUAUUUUCGUUUUGCAGAAACCCAGACAUUUUUCAGAAAGCGACCCACCAAAAGGGAUUGGAUCGAAGGUAUGAUAUAGUCGUUAUUAAAAUACAACCAUCAAUCGAAGAAAGUAAGAAAAAAUCUGAAAAAUUUAGGUUGUCUUUUCCUCAGGAAGAGAAGCACGGAAAUAACUUUUUUAUGACCUAACGAUGCAAACUAUGCUAGAACUAGGAAGGAAAUUGAUUUGAACAUGAACAAUCGAUUAUUCAUCUCAGACAUUAAAGUUUAAAUUCAGGAUAUUAAGCUCGUGGAGGCGACUUUGUGUACUUACCUAACCCUAAGUAAUAUCAUUUAAUUUCAUAGGUAUUCAUAAAGCCUUGUCGUAAUCCAUGUAAAAUCUUCUUCUUCAUUUUGUUUGUUGUCAUCUCUUUAUAUUUUCUUGGUUGCACUAUGAUUAUUAUCUCCCUUAGAAGACAAGAAUGAAAAUAAAUUCUAACGAAGCUAAUGACUCUGUUUUUUUAUUACUUUGUUUUUAUCUCAUGGUUCAAGAAUCCCUUGUUGAGGCUGAGAUCGGGAGAUAAAGAAGCUUGCGUCCUCCUGUCAAUCUCAAAACCCUCCAGCGAUGAAGAAUAUCAAACCAAAGAUUCGGGAGCAGGAAAAAAACACAGAAGAACUCAUAAUUGUUUACAAAAAAAAAAUUGAUUAGCAUAAUCUCUUUUAGAAGACGCCCUCUGCGAAAGGCAAAUUUAAACAGACGAAUUUGCCUUUCUGGCUUUAGUUGUAUUUGGCAAGUUUAAUAUAAACGAAAAUUCGUGAACACACGAAAAACUAUUUAGCCGAUCAGCUUUCAGUAUUUUCUUUGGAUAAUAGGAGUGUUCGAGGAUUCACGAUACCUCGAGAUAGAACUCUUGUCUAAUUUGAUGGUGAAGUGCUAUUUCUCGAUUAUCCAAUGCAAUUUCAUUUUGAGACAUUACAAGUGUCUCCAAUUAGCUCUAUUAGCGAAAAAGAAGAGGCAGAAUGCAAAAUUUCGCCAUAUUUGCUCCUUAGUAUAACUGUAGCCAGUUUGAAUGUAAGACGUAAUAGCGAACAUGAAUGGAUAUCGCACUUAUACAAAAAGGGAAAUUUGGAUGGUGAUUAGCGGACUGUGAUUAGUUAUAAUUUGACGGAAUAUCUCAGUGUAAGGGGGCCUUUUUCGGUGAGAAUCUUGAUCGCUUGUUAUUUUCAGAGUAGGAUCUGUUUCAACCCAGAUCAUGUCUUAAAGGCAUACAACUCUCUUGAGAUCGAUUUUGUUACUAUACAAUCAAGUAUCUCUCAUCCUGAUAUUGAGUCAGACGUGGUCCUGAGCAAUUUUGUUCAAUUCCUCGAUGGUUUUACCGUCAGUCUUUAAAGAUUUAAGGAGUGAAGGUGAGACAAACGAUGAUACCAAGGAAACUUGUACUUCCGCCUCGAUAAACAAGCAAUGAAACCGUUUUUGCGUUAUCUAUUGCUGAAAGAUCCUUCAUAGUAUUGACAGUUUUUUACAAAAUUGACCAGUUGGAUUUGGUGAGUCCUAUAAUUCCAUAAUCAGUGGCCAGAUAUUAUCUGUCAACUGGUCUCAGUAAAAUUAACCCGACCCCACCCUGGUAGUAUUCUGAUGAUCCUCCUCAUUGACAGUUGAUUUUCCAAAGUCCUCCCUUUAUACUCUGUUAGAGCGACUGAUACCCUCUCCCUUCCCCACUUGAUUAAAAGCGUGUGCCCCCCUCCGCUCAGGCGAUAAAUAAAUAGAGAAUAAUAACUGGGUACGCU